GGCAAAUGUACUUUUAUUUUUGGGAACAAUAUUGACUUGUAAGUGUUUUAGUGGAAGGGAAAAUAACUUUACGACUGAAUUUUUAUACUUUACACAAAAUGAAACCGCUGGUCAUGUGGCGGUAUCUCCUUAUGGUGUUUGGAAUAUGUUGAGUCACCUGAAAUUACUAACCGCGGGGAACACGAAGAAGCAACUGCAGCGAGCGCUCUUUCUGCCAAAGAGUUGUAUAGAGUUGAUUUAUGGUUUGAAAAAUUUGAGCGAUGUUAUUCUAGGCUCAAACUCCGAAAAUACUACCGUAUUUAUCCGAAAUUAUAUGGUUUUAGAUGAAAAUGUAAGUUCUAAUUAUACGGAUUUUGAAAAGGAAGCAAAAAUUCUUGGCAUGAAUAUUAUAUCACUUGAUCUAAAUGAGCGAUACACGGCUGUAAUAGUUGCAAAUAGAAUAAUGUUUGACGAAGGACAGGAAUUAUCAUUCAAAGUACCAAAACUAAUUAAAACAGAUGAUAUUCAUCCGAAUGGGAUAACAUUAGCUAAUAUAAAUAGGUUCCAAUACGUUUGGAGAAAUAAAUUCACGAAUGUCAAAGUUGAAAAUUUUUAUGAUGAGAACAACCACCAAAUCGGUAAAGUGAACAUGAUGUUUCAAAGAGUUAAUGCGGCGUAUGCAUACAUUACACCACUGCGAUCACAAGUAUUAGAAUUGCCGUAUGGAACCGACGGUAAAUAUGCCAUGCUGUUGAUAACGCCAAACCCAAAGACGAAGCUGAACGAUGUCUUUCAGAAGAUGACGACAUUUACGUAUGGACAAAUACUAAAUAUAUUGAAUAUGCAGCCCCUUACAGUCGUUGACGUUAAACUGCCAAGAUUCGAAAUACACACAAAUUACGCCCUAAAUGUACCGCUUAGCAAAAUGGGUGUGUUUGAUUUGUUUGAGAAGAAGUAUUCAGAGUUCUACGGUGUUCCUCGGAAUAGUUUGUUUGUUCCGGCUAUCUUACAACAUGUGUCUAUGGUGGUAAAUGAAUUGGGUGUACAUAGCAAUACGGUACAGCCUGCUAGUAAGACGGUGGAGUUCUCCGCUUCUAGGCCCUUUUUGUAUUUUGUCAUUGAAAAGACUACUGAUACAAUUGUUUUAAGUGGAGUCUAUUCGAAGCCAACGGUUUACUAAAUUUUAAUUUUUAAUAACGUAAUAACGUAGUAUUAAUAUAGUAAUAAUUCUUUUUACUUUCCAUCAUCAGUUUUUCUCAAUUUCCAUGAAAUAAUAUAAAUCUAAUUAGCGUUAAUUGACAUUAUUAAUCUCUUAUUAAAUAC